UAUAUCCGUUACUGUAUGAGUCUUUAAGAGGGGCUCAUCCCAAUGACCACUGCCACAUGUAGCGAGGACAUCAGGCCAUGGAGGUGUGGACCAUCUGUGUACUUAUUUCUGGGAUAGCAAUUACUGGAUUACCUGACGUUCAAUCGAAAGGCAGCUUGGCUGAAUCUAAAGUGUUCGUGGAAAAUGGGAAACCUCUGCGGAAGAACAAGGCUGCAAAAAUAUUUGAUGAGAAGCCGAAAUCCUGCGCGAAAGUCAAUGGCAUCUUGAACAUUACAUUUGUGGCCCACACGUUUACCGGUAUCGACAUUGUUGUCCUGCCAGGAAAUAUAACUCUGACGGUGGACGGAGCGAACCUACAUGAAGACUGUCGGUGUGAAGAGGGAACAAUAACUAAGAAGAAAUUAAAGUUAACUGGUAUCAAUUUUAGUUGUCCAUUGCAAACGUCGACGAGCCUCCAGCUGUUCGGCGUGAAACGGCUUUGUGAUCUCAAGCUGCACAACAAAUCGGGUGCAGGGGGAAAGCAAAUAAAGUGCACUGAGUGGAACCAAAUGAGAGAAGACACGACACAAAAGCCAGGGAGAAGCACAGAGCCCCCCGACCCUUGCUCCAGCGGUUCCUUCAAGUGCCAGAAUGGAACCUGUAGCCUUGUGAACAACACUCCUCUUUGUCAGUGUUACGAUGGUUCAACCGGGCAGCACUGUGACAAAACAUGUGAUCCCGGUACCUUUGGGGCAAACUGCAGUGAAACGUGCGGAGAAGGAUGUGUCAAUAGUACCUGCGACGUUAAAAGUGGAACAUGCUCCUGUUUGCGCGGAUGGAAUGGAUCAAGAUGUGAAAAGGCAUGUACUCCUGGUACGUUUGGUGCGAACUGUAGACAUAAGUGCGGGGAAGGAUGUGUCAAUGGCACUUGUGGCAUCAAAAGCGGAAAUUGCUCCUGUUUGCGCGGGUGGAAUGGAUCAAGAUGUGAAAUGACUUGUGACCACGGUACCUUUGGCGUAGACUGCAGUAAGAAGUGUGCGGACGGAUGUGUAAAUGGCUCCUGUGACGUUAAGAAUGGAACGUGCUCCUGUUUGCCCGGAUGGAAGGGAUCAAGAUGUGACACUGCUUGUGACCACGGUACCUUUGGCGUAGACUGCAGUAAGAAGUGUGCGGACGGAUGUGUAAAUGGCUCCUGUGACGUUAAAAAUGGAACGUGCUCCUGUUUGCCCGGAUGGAAGGGAUCAAGAUGUGAUACAGAAUGCCCAGACGCAACCUUCGGUGACAACUGCACGGGAAGAUGCAGCCGUGGGUGCUCCCGACCCUACUGCAACAAGACAGACGGAAGCUGUGUGUGUCGGCCAGGGUAUAAAGGUUCCACCUGCCACGAUGAGUGUAAAAACGGAACCUAUGGUCACUACUGUAAUGCCAACUGCAGCCAAGGAUGUUCCACAACCGCCUGUGACAAGAUCAACGGGUCAUGUAGCUGCAAAGCUGGCUACACUGGGCCAACCUGCGAUGAACGGUGUAAAGACGGAACCUAUGGUCACAACUGUAAUGCCAACUGUAGUCAAGGAUGUUCCAGAGCCGCCUGUGACAUGAUCAACGGGUCAUGUAGCUGCAAAGCUGGCUACACUGGGCCAACCUGCGAUGAACGGUGCAAAAACGGAACCUAUGGUCACUACUGUAAUGCCAACUGUAGCCAAGGAUGUUCCACUGCCGCCUGUGACAAGGCCAACGGGUCAUGCAGCUGCAAACGAGGCUACACUGGCCCAACCUGCCAUGAAAAGUGUAAAAACGGAACCUACGGUCACUACUGUAAUUCAAGCUGCAGUGAAGGAUGUUCGAGUGAGUGUGACAAGGCCAGUGGAAAGUGCAGCUGCAAACCGGGAUACAAGGGAAACAAAUGUGUCCGGCAGUGCAAAAACGGAACCUAUGGUCACAACUGUAAUGCCAACUGUAGCCAAGGAUGUUCCACUACCGCCUGUGACAAGGUCAACGGGUCAUGCAGCUGCAAACCCGGCUACACUGGGCCAACCUGCGAUGAACGGUGUAAAGACGGAACCUAUGGUCACAACUGUAAUGCCAACUGUAGUCAAGGAUGUUCCAGAGCCGCCUGUGACAUGAUCAACGGGUCAUGUAGCUGCAAAGCUGGCUACACUGGGCCAACCUGCGAUGAACAGUGUAAAAACGGAACCUACGGUCACUACUGUAAUUCAAGCUGCAGUGAAGGAUGUUCGAGUGAGUGUGACAAGGCCAGUGGAAAGUGCAGCUGCAAACCGGGAUACAAGGGAAACAAAUGUGUCCGGCAGUGCAAAAACGGAACCUAUGGUCACAACUGUAAUGCCAACUGUAGCCAAGGAUGUUCCACUACCGCCUGUGACAAGGUCAACGGGUCAUGCAGCUGCAAACCCGGCUACACUGGGCCAACCUGCGAUGAACGGUGUAAAGACGGAACCUAUGGUCACAACUGUAAUGCCAACUGUAGUCAAGGAUGUUCCAGAGCCGCCUGUGACAUGAUCAACGGGUCAUGUAGCUGCAAAGCUGGCUACACUGGGCCAACCUGCGAUGAACAGUGUAAAAACGGAACCUACGGUCACUACUGUAAUUCAAGCUGCAGUGAAGGAUGUUCGAGUGAGUGUGACAAGGCCAGUGGAAAGUGCAGCUGCAAACCGGGAUACAAGGGAAACAAAUGUGUCCGGCAGUGCCAAAACGGAACCUAUGGUCACUACUGUAAUGCCAUAUGUAGCCAAGGAUGUUCCACUACCGCCUGUGACAAGAUCAACGGGUCCUGCAUCUGCAAAGAUGGCUACACUGGGCCAACCUGCGAUGAACAGUGUAAAGACGGAACCUACGGUCACUACUGUAAUACAAGCUGCAGUGAAGGAUGUUCCAGUGAGUGUAACAAGGCCAACGGAAAGUGCAGCUGCAAGCCGGGAUACAAGGGAAACAAAUGUGUCUGGCAGUGCAAAAACGGAACCUAUGGUCACAACUGUAAUGCCAACUGUAGCCAAGGAUGUUCCACUACCGCCUGUGACAAGGUCAACGGGUCAUGCAGCUGCAAACCCGGCUACACUGGGCCAACCUGCGAUGAACAGUGUGCAAACGGUACAUACGGCGAGAACUGCAGCCUACAGUGCAGCCACGGCUGUCGGUAUCCGUGUGACGGUGCCAGUGGACGGUGCAAGUGCAGAUUGGAGUGGGAGGGUCCCAAGUGUCUAGACAAAAUACCGCUACGGAAGACUGACUUUCUAGGGAGCGAGCUGAUGUUCCAUGUUGUGGCUGCGUUUGCCAUACUUGUGAUCGUCGUUAUGGUAGCAGCGGCCAUCUUGUUCCUUAGGGAUCCGAUAAUGAGAUGGAGAAACGGCCACGCUGUCAACGCCGGCGACGUCGGUCCUCCACGUCGUCAAGCCGGUAAGGACGAUACCCAGGAAACCAGUCUGAGUACCCGCAGCGGCCCGUCUCCAGUCAAAGACGACCGAAAGGCCACAACAUCGGGAGGAGAGCCCAGCAAGAAAGUCUCAAUGAGAGGACGUCUCACUCAUUUCAAAGAAAAGCGCGUUACUCUGAAGAAAUCGUUGAUGUUCGAAAAUCAGUCGGAAGACCAAAUGCCUGGUGCCAAGGGUGAUGACAAGGACAACCCUGAAGGAACACCCACUCCCCGAGAUGAGGCGUUGUUCGCGGAGAACAACAUCUGUGAUUCUGCAUCUCGGAUUGCUGUCAAGGAUUUUCAUACCUAUCUUGCUCAGAAGAAAUCCCAGAAAACCACUUUCGACAAAGAAUACAGCGAGUUUCCGCAAGGGCUCUCUGCCUCUCAUGAUGUUGCGCUUUCUCUUGGAAACAAUGCCAAGAACAGGUUCAAGGGAAUAUAUCCAUAUGACCACAGUCGAGUAUGCUUGAAAACCAAGACCUUCAAGGGAGGAUACAUCAACGCCAGUUACAUUAAUGGUCCGUCAAACAAACGACAGUACAUCGCCACUCAAGGCCCACUACCCAACACUGUGGCUGACUUCUGGCAGAUGGUAUGGGAGAACCAAUGUCCUGUUAUUGUCAUGCUGGCCAACAUCAUAGAGGACCAGAAGGAGCGAUGUCACCAGUACUGGAAUGAUAAGGGUGUUUGUGAAUUUGGAGAUUGGAGUGUCACCUGUCUGGACAUCUGCCAGCUGGCGGAUCUCACCAUCAGGACCCUAAGUGUACAGAAAAACAGCGUUUCUAAGCAAGUGAAGCACAUACAUUUCACUGUAUGGCCUGACAAAGGCGUCCCGAAGUACCCCAUGUCGCUUGUGACGUUGCGAACCAUAGCUCGAGAAUUCUGUGAUUUCGACAAAGGGCCAAUGGUAGUUCAUUGCAGUGCUGGAGUAGGACGCACUGGGACACUGAUUGCCCUAGACUAUCUGCAACAGGAAGCAGAAACCCAGGGAAGUGUCGACGUGUACGCAUGCGUGUGGAAACUAAGGACGCAGAGGCUGAAGAUGGUCCAAACCAAGGACCAGUACGUGUUUCUACACGACUGUGUGCUGGAAGCUUUAGAGUACACGACGCCGACAGUGACAACAGCGGAGGUUGGCAAGGUUUACAAGAAGAAACUGGAAGACACAGACGGGGACGAUAGCCUUCCAGCAAGAUUUAAGAAACUUAACAGCUGCCCAACGCCGGACGCCAAUGCAACUGUGGCCCGUUAUGCUGAGAAUAUUCAGAAAAAUAGGAGACAAUCAGUAUACCCAGAUGACAGUGAGCGACCUGUCCUCACGACUGAAGUAGAAGGCCAGACCGAUUACAUCAAUGCUGUUUUCGUGUCGUCCUACAAGAAGCAACGUGGGUUCCUCCUGACCCAGACACCACUGGCAUCUACAGCUGUCGACAUCUGGCGUCUCAUCCAUGAUUACCGCGUUUCAGGCAUUGUAGUGCUGGAUAAUUACACAGAGGAUACAUCGGACGAUUGUGCGGUGUAUUGGGCUGAAGCGGACAAGCCAAGGCAGUAUGGGCCCUUUACUGUAUCUUUCAUAAGGCUUCAAAACCAUCCUGGAUUCAGAACGGAGCUUUACAAAUACACAAUGAAGGGUACAAAUGAAUCAAGGGAGAUAACUCUGUUCAGAGCAGAUUCUUGGAACUCGUCCGAUCUCCCGACUAGCUCUGUUCACUUUCUGACUCUGCUGGAUUACAUUAGACAGUGGAACCCCAGCACGGCCCCUCUCCUGGUGCAGUGCAGGGAUGGAGCAACUCGAUCCGGGCUGUUCUGUGUGGUCAGCACUGUACAGGAGCAGAUCCUCACCUCCCAGCGUGUGUCAGUUGACCAGGCCAUCAGAACCACUCGCAGUGUCCGCCCCCAGGUCAUCCCAACCAUGGAACAAUACAGAUUCUGCCAUGCCAUUGCGAUGGAGUACCUGAGUGGACCUUGGAAGGGAAUAUAGCAUAUUUUGUUAUAGAUUUGUUAUGCUGCCGCAAGGUGAAUGCCAUAAACAUGGCUAUUUACAGCGAUGACUUCUUCAAACUACACGGCUUUGUUUGAAUUACUUCUAUUUAAGUUACGUUUGUUGUAGUAACACAUGUAUUACCGUUCAGCUUUUUUUAUUUUUAUGGCAAUGUUUGAUACAGGUUCACUUAUGACUAUACAAUUAUACAAUAAAAUGCGAAACAUUUAGAUAGACUAUAAGAAUAGAUAAUGAUAUCAAGAACAUUUCAUCAUCGAAAAACUGUCUAAUUACUGAAGGCGGAGUGCAAUAUUUCCCAUCGGAAUGAAUUAUUAGAAUUAUUUUGAAUGACAAUUGCUUCAACCACACAAGAUUCCUUCAACAUAGACACCUCUAACUUCAAAGUGUUCCUCGAUGUACAUGACAGGAGUUCAUAAUAUUUGUUGUUUUUCUUUAAUUCAAUUAUUUUAUUCUUUUUAUGUUUUUGUUUACCCAUAUUUAAUCUUCACAUUUAAUGUGUUAAUAUCUAAAUACAAGAGGUGUUUGUGGGCUUGUUUUGUUGUACAUAGUUAAUGAUUCUUUUGUUUGUUUCUAUUUCAAGCCAUCUUUAUCAAUUUUAUUCUUAUUCUUUGUUAAUGGUUCACCUUAUACUUAUUAUUUAACCCUUUUAGAUAGUACAUUAUAUUACAUUCCAUGUAACAAUGUAUAUAUGGUCGGCUGUUAGAUCGACUUUUUGGCACUGUUCACGACUAUAACCUAAAGAUGUGGAAAAUUCCGCACAUAUACUCAUGCCAAUAAUGGUUGUCACCCCCUUCAAGUUUUCUAAUUGGAGAGGGGCUUUGGGGUGUGAGGUGUGUGGGGGUGGGGAGGGGGUGACAACCAUUAUUGGCAUGAGUAUAUAUUGUUGAUAGCAUAUGAACAUGAAAUUCCAACUCUUUCGAUGCCGAUGAAAGUGAAAACUUUUUGUAAUAUUUAUCAAAUAUUUCUUUUGUUUUCUUAAUAAAUAGAUAAUAAUUGUU